CAACAUCACUAUUGUAGACCAAGACAAUGAUUGAAAUCAUCGUUUUUGACCAAAACGGUGAUAGCAUCAUCGCUUUCAACUAAAACAGUGAUGCUAUCACCAUUUUGGACAAAAACGGUGAUGAUAUCCCCGCUCUUGUUAAAAGCGAUGAUGCUGAGACCGUUGAUUUGAGAAACGGUGAAGCCACUAUCACCGUUAAUGGGGAAAACAAUGAAGAGGGCGCGGAUCGCUGACGUGGUCGUGCGCGGGCACUUCACCGCCAUAGAGAAAAGCGGUGAUAGCCCCGCCCCGCCACGUCAUCAAUCCGCGUCGUCCACGCCCUUCACCGCUGUCGUUCAAUGCGGUGAGGCGCGGAUUGUGGUUUUUCUCCACGAUCCGACGCCUCACGCCUCGUCACGUCAGCAAUCCGCGCAUCACUGCCCUCCUCAAUGGCGGUGAAUUCACUGCUUUCGACGAAAGCGGUGAUUGGCUGAGGGAAAUUUCCAGCGCCCCCUUCCCCCUAUAAAUACCACUCCCCCCCCCCCCCUCAUUCCAAACCACACCACCAUUUUAUACUUCUUUCUCCCUCCAUUACUUCACUCUAGUUUCGUUGUAAGUAUGCUCUGUGGUUGCGGCUAAGUCCGAUCUUCCGCAUCAGAAAGAAUUACUAGAGUUUUUGUUUUGUCGAUACUCUCGCUAGCUUUUCGGCAAAAAAUGGACGAAGAGGAUUUGAGAUUACGUAAAUUUAUUUUAUUCUUUUGUGAUUUUUUUUUUACAUGGGUGCUAAAAUUUAAAUUGAUUUGAUUUCAUAUUUUUUUAUAGAUGGGUGCUGAGAUAUACGACCCUCGAUUGUAUAUCGAUCCUGGCCCAAGGGAUCGAAGGUAUUUAACCGGGCAAGAUCAACAUUGCUCCCGUUCAAUUUGGAACAAUAAUCCGGUAGACACACUAAAAUUAUUUCAAUAGUUUUAAAGUUUUUAUUUUGCUUUCUAUUGACUGACAAUAUUGUGUUUUUUUUUGUACGAAUCACUUAUUACCAUCAGUCAUCGAGGGACAUGUCGAUUGCCCCGUUGGCAUGAUCGACUGCAGCCCAAUCUAGAGAGGACGGGAUUGCACAUGCUGAGGCACUUUAUGAGGCUUGAUAUUGACAACGAUCUGCUGACGGCAAUGGCAGAGCGAUGGCGCCCCGAGCUGCAUACCUUCCACUUUCCCGAGGGUGAAAUGAAGAUCACCCUCAAAGAUGUUGCCAUCCUCACCGGGCUCCCGAUCACCGGAGAUGCCAUCAUCGACAACUCGAGAAAACCGGAAGAUGGUUGGGGGCCGUUGAUUCAAGAGCGUUUGGGGUUCAACAUGCCGACCACCACGCCCGUCGACGGGGUUGGGCAUCCACCACUGAAUGCGGGGCAAGUAUCGAUCCCGUGGCUUGUUGACCACAUCCAAAUGGAGGUUAAUAUAGGCCUGGACACUCCUGAAGAUCAGGUGGAGCGGUAUGCACGUGUCUACCUAAUUGGCUUGGUUGGUGGGUUUCUGUUCCCCGACAAGUCAAACCGGGUGGAUACAAGGCAUGUGGUUACAUAUGCUCCUCGGUGACUGGGACGAGAUCGGGAAAAAAAGUUGGGGGUCGGCCGUCUUGGCUGGGAUCUACCGAGAGUUGUGUACUUGCCCGAGGUUGGGAGCGAAACAAGCUGGUGGUGCGAUGUUCAUACUCCAACUCUGGGCAUGGGAGCAUCUUCCGUUUUUAGCACCUCGAGACCCUCCGGAAUUCUGGUUGCCAGAUGAUGAACUACGAUUUGUAGCAAAUCCCCCAUAUGGUUUCAAGUAAGUUUAAUUUAAGUUUAAUUUAUUUUAGAUAUGCAAUGGUAGUAUUUUAGUGAAUUUAGAUCUAUUCCAAGUAAGCGAAUUUAGUGACAUUUUAAGUCUUCAAUUAUAGUAUUUUAGUGAACUUAGAUAUCUUUCAAGUAAGCAAAUUUAGUGACAUUUUAGGUAUGCAAUUAUUGUAUUUUAGUGAAUUUAGAUAUCUUCCAAGUGAGCGAAUUUAGAUUUAUUCUAACCAAAUUGUAUUUAGCUAAUUUAGAUUAUUGCCAAGUAAGGAAUUUUAGUUCAAUUUCGAUGCUUCCAUACAAUCAUACUUAACAAGUAAACAUCUAUGCCAUAAAAAUUGCUUAUAUACGUAAUUUUGCUUAAUUAGGUGGAUCAGAGCAAAUACAAACGACCACCAGCCCGAACACUCUUUGCUGUUUUAUCGUGCUGAAUUUGAUAAGCCUUGGUGGAACCAGGUAAAAAUAUAAAAUUUCAUCAUUUUCAAUUUUUUAGGUGGAGUGGAUAUAAUUUGUACUAAUUCCAUGAACUAUAAUGAUUGUAGGCGGUAUGGGAUCCAUAUCCAAAUGAAGUGGUUGAGUUGCAUCGUCUUAGACAUCCCGAGGAUCAAGAGAUAUGGUUGUGCAAGGUGCCCUUAAUCUGCUGGCACAUGGUGGAAUGGCACCUGCCCGAUCGAUCUUUGAGGCAAUAUCGAUUGGAGCAACCAAUUCCAGCAUCCCCACCUCAAGGGUUCAGGGAGCUCAACGCCAUUGACCUACGCUACACCAAAAAGGAUUGGGUCCGCAAGCAUGAAUUCUACAUCAACAUAUGAGAGAAUAGAAAUCAGUGGGUGGUCCAAGGGUUGCCGGAGAUGAGGCCAAUGGGGUACCACGAUGGCUACAUGCAGUGGUAUCGAAAUUUCACGCUAGUAUGGGUGUCAAAGCAAGGUGCUGUUUGGGGCGCAGUGGUAAGUGAAUUCCAUUUUGUCCUCUUUGUCUAAAUUUUUUGUAGUAUGAUUACAUGCCAUUGCAUGUGCUAGAAUGUUAAUUAACAUUAUUAGAUUUAAGGAUGCCUCUUUGUCUUAAUGUUAGUUAAUUUUGUACAACAAUUUAUUAGGUUGACGGUUUGGAACAUGCCAAGCACACUGUCGAGAGUGCACCCACCAUGGAUGAGCGGAAGACACCUUUUUUGCACAGGCUUUUCAACAACCUGCUCUGUUGUACCCGAGAGCAAAGGAGGGAUGUCGUAUUAUACCCUCCAAUGCCUGAACCGGCCCGACCUUCAUUCCGUGCUGAUGAGAGGAUCGUGCCCCCACGGUGAGAGAAAACAUUGAAGAGCUUCGUCCGUCUCAACAAACUCAACUUCCUGAACCAUGGCCACAUUGUGAGUGGGCAACUAGUACUGAGGGCACCGGAGGGUCGUCAAGAUAUGCCCCGACUCAGGAACAUGACAUGUUCACCCAAGGCACCCCUCACUUCCACCAUCAGCCACAAACUGCUCAGUAUCAGACCCCGCAACAACAACAUACAUCAUCGACUUUCCACCACGCUUCUGGUUCAUCUCAGCCAUAUCCACCCCCACCACCUGUCUACACUCCGGUGGGUGGUCGGGUUAAGAGGAAUCCGCGAGCAGUUGUCCAGCGGGCUCGUGAAGAAGGAGGAGGUAGAGAAGGCGGAAGAAGGGGUCGAGGAGGUCGUGGAGGAAGAGGAAGAGGAAGAGAAGGGGAAGUGGAGGGAAAUGAAGACAACCAAUGAACUAUCUAUGUCGUC